UUUCUCGACGUUCGGUCACACUGACUCGGUCACGUACGAGAUGUUUUUAUAGCAAAUAAGCGGUUUGGAAAAUGAGCGGCCAAAAGCACCUUCGACUGCGCUACUACACCUCCUGGGAGGAGGCCAUGCUGGUGCGGCUGUGGCGCGUACACCUGCAGGACAUUCCCUCCUACACUGACAACCUCCCCAUCUUCCGGGAUAUCGCGCACGGUCUUCAGCAGCAAGGCGUUCGGCUAAACAAGCAGGAGGCUCGCCGGCGCAUCAACAGCUAUCGCAAUAAGUAUUUAAGCGAGCGCAAUCGCGCGGGGAGCCUUCGGGACACUCCGUCGGAGUGGCGCCUCUUUUCGCUAAUUGACACCUUGUUCCACCCGGCAAGACCUUCGGCAGACCUCCGUCACGUUCGCAAUGUCCUCGAGGAAGCCGCUGCGAAGGCGCGGGCGGAGCUGCCCGCCCUGCCGCCACUUAUUCACACGUCGUCCACUCAAGUAAAGUUUGAGCGCGACCCAGACGGAAGCGCCUUCCUGGACGCCCAGCCACAAGUUCACCCAUUUGUCAAGACAGAGCCAGACGCCUACACUCAGGCCCAGACUCUCGUCCUCGCCCAGGUGAAGACUGAGGCCAAGCCGACGCAAGCGGAGCUGAACCUUGCCGCGGCCCAAUAUCGGGCGUCUACUGAAAGUGCCAUUCGACGGUCCCCACUGACGCCCGCCAACCGCCAGUUGCCCAGCACAGAGGACCCGUCGUUAAUGAGCCACACAAACGGACAGCCGGAAAUCGAGCGAUCUGCGGUCAAAAGACGACGCGGACGACGCAGCAUCCUGCCUCGAGCGGGACAGAUCACCAUGGCCGCGGUGGAAGAGCUGCGGAAGGAGAACAAGUUGCUCGAGGAGCAGAACGACGCUUGCCUGCUGGAACUCGAACAGAAGGAGAAGCAGUUCCUGGCGAUGGAGCAGAGCUUUCUGGCUUAUCUGGAUGGACAGGAGGCCUUGCUGGCUCACAUACAGCACCAAGGCAUCAAGCAGGAACCGAAUCAGGACCUCUAGCCAGCCGCAGGGGCGAUUGUGGCUAAGCUUUAAGUCUGGGAUAUCGCCCACCGUGAAUCUCGACGCCCAUCCUACGCACUUCAUUUCGUUCCUUCCCCAGAAACAGAAGACUAGUUUCUUGAUGUACAAAGCAGCAUAGCGAGCCGAAGAUAGUUUCAUUUUUCACCUUUUUAAUAGCAUCCAAAAAAAUUGGCCAUCCGGGAAGGUGUUAAAUGUGUAAGUUUAGAGAAAAAAACCAAUCAUUGUAAAAGAUCUCCUUCUGGUAUGAGUUUGAUUUAAAAUAAAAUUAUAGUUUUUAAAUAGAAA